AAUGGGCACUAAAUGAACACUCUUAACCCAGGGGAUUACCUAUAUUGUAUGCUAAUGCUCUCUACAAGAAUCUGAACUACUAACUGUCAAAGCAAAUUGGCGGCACAUAAGUGUCAACAGAAUUCAAGAUGGCCUGGACUUAGAUCUCUUAUGAGCAUGAAGAGACUCAAGAUUGGUAACGCGCUCGACCCUUUCCCCUCAGGUUCAGCCUGGUCAUCUCCUACAUCAUUUUAUUUAUUUCAUACCAGUAGAACCUGAAAGGGUUGUUGGGGAGAGUUCAUUGGGAUCACAGCCUACUAUGGAUCCUACAAAGAAGAGGGUGUCAACCAAUCACCAAAGCACCUGAAGGAAAGACAAGAGGCAAUCAAUGGAAACCAAUCGAGGAGAGAAGUAACAUAGGAGAAGUUUCCUGACAGAACAAUUACUCAGUGGAACAACUUGUCUCUGGAAGUUUUGACUGCUCCAACACUGGAGGCUUUUAAGAAGAGACUGGACAGCCAUUUGUCUGAAAUGCUACAGAGUUUCCUCCCUAAGCUGGGGGUUGGACUAGAAGACCUCCAAGGUCCCUUCCAACUCUGUUAUUCUGUUAUACUCUUGAUAUCCCUAUCGCCUACCACUACUACUAGCUUACUAUACUGAAGAGUUUUGUUUGAAGCUAACUCCAAAUAAAGUUGGAGAUCAAUCAGUCAAUCAAUGUGUAAUUGGCCAGGAAUUUCAUAGCAUUGUUUUCAUCUUUUUGUAAUGGUACAUGAGUGUAGAUGAAUAAACAAGUUUAAUUUAUUUGGUGCGUCAUAGCCAUUUUACAAGAAUGUAGUCAUUGUGUGAAGUUUCAUGUUCUAUACAUUAUAACUUGAGGCAUAUAUCCAUUGGGGAACCUCAGGCAAGGUUUACAAGCACACCAUGGUAAAUAGCCCUAUCUAUAUACAUUUGUUUAUAUAAAGCCCUGGUAAGUUACAGUAAAAGUUUGCCGAAAGUACAAUGAACUUCUUGUUUUAUAGGAAGGCAACUUCCUGCUAAGUUUAUACUGUGCCUAAUUUUGAAACUGCAAAUCAUUAAUGAAGUUUAACUACUGGGAAGUUGUUAAAACUUUAUGCAAAACCAUGGCAAAACCCAGAGUGAAAGAAAGCACAGAGUGGAACAGGACUUAUUCAAUCAUUUCAGUUGCUUCUUCUAGAAUUGUAACUAUAACUUCAAAAGAGGCAUCUAAUCGCCUGAAAGGUAAUCAAAGAGACAGACAGCAGUAAUUGCUAUCAUAAGUUACUCAGUAACUACUGAAAUGGAACUGCAGAAGAGAACUGUUGAUGAGGAAUUAAAAGAUUUAUUCCAUGAAUUUAAAGCCAUGUCUUCCAGAUAAAGAAGCUAUGAAUGACCCCUGGAGUUUCAGAAUGUGGGAUUUCGAUCAGAAAUAUUUCUUCUUUGACAACAAUGUUCUGAUAGCAGCCCCGCUGUAUUCUAUGUUACCAGAGCAGUUGAUGGCUGUGGUCCCCAAUGACAACUUAGAUUUUAGAAACCGACCCAUCUUUAUGGGACUCACUGGUAAAACCAAGGCCUUGUGUUGUCUGAAGUCAGUUACUGGUGAGCCUCAGCUAGUGAUAUUGGAAAAAAACAUCAUGGAUUUUUAUAGAGACACUGAGGAAUUGAAGGAUUUUUCUUUCUAUGUUGUCACUGCACCCAACAAAUCAAAUUGCUGGUUUGAAUCUGCAGCAUUCCCUGGUUGGUUCAUAAGUACCUCGAUUCACCCAAACAUGCCUGUUGGUCUUUGUAAAGGAGGAGGUACUGACAUCAUGUUAUUUCAUUUUGAAAAAGUUGCUUCCACUCCAAAGUAAAAUUUUGAAGAAAAAGGAAUACAGAGGAAAGCAGAAACGCAGGGCUAUGUUGCCAGCAUAUUUUGUUUGUAGUAGAAUGAAGCUUUUAGUCAUGAUAAAAUAAGCAAUAAUAAUGAUUUGAUUAAAAAUGAAAUAUCUAAUUGUGAGUAAAUUCAGGAUUGCCCUCUUAGUGUUGUUUUAUUUCUGGCUUCCAAGGAGCAUGGAAGAUGUAAAAUGGCAUUGCUGAUGCAAGAGGUGAAGCUGAAGUUGAUUUCUUGUCUGUAACACAACCUGAAUACAUUUAGUUUUGAUUCAAUAAAAACAGAAACAAAAAUAAAAACCUGAAAGAAAAACCAACAUUUUGUUGCAAACUUUCAAUAAUGUCACUUGGAGGAAACUCCAGGGGUUGGGAUCUAUCCUUAGGUCUUCUUUUA